CUAUAGGAUAGUUGCCUUUACUCUUUUAUCCUUUUGAUAUAGAAAAAGUUUUGCAUUCAGAGGGCACUAUAAAAUGUGUAAGGAAACCAUGAAAACUGUAAUUAGAGAACUGUUAAAUAAUUAACAUGUUUCUAGUGGGAAUUUGUAAUUUUUUUUCCCUUCUUGUCACAGCAAUUCUCUUGGUAAUCGAUGUUCUAUCUUCAGGUUCCUUGGCAUGUUCCAUGUGGUGGUGUCUGCUAUGGAGAUGGAAAUUUGGUUUUCAUUGCAAAUGAUUGGCACACUGCAUUACUGCCAGUUUACUUGAAAGCAUACUACAGGGAUCAUGGACUAAUGAAAUAUACAAGAUCUGUUCUUGUAAUUCAUAACAUCGCUCACCAGGGUAGAGGACCAGUGGAGGAUUUCUUCUCUGUGGAUCUGCCUGAACACUACAUUGACCUUUUCAAAUUAUUUGACCCUAUUGGAGGCGAACACUUCAAUAUUUUUGCUGCCGGUCUAAAGGCUGCUGAUCGUGUGGUCACUGUGAGUCAUGGAUACGCCUGGGAGCUAAGAACUUCUGAAGGGGGAUGGGGUUUGCAUGGUAUCAUAAAUGAAAAUGACUGGAAAUUGAGUGGCAUCGUAAAUGGUAUUGACACAGAAGAGUGGAACCCAGUGUCUGAUGUUCACUUGACAUCAGAUGGUUACACUAAUUACUCCCUGGAGACACUGCACAUCGGGAAGCCUCAGUGUAAGGCAGCUUUGCAGAAAGAGCUUGGUCUGCCUGUACGUGAGCAUGUCCCAGUGAUUGGUUUCAUUGGGAGGUUGGAUGACCAAAAGGGUGUUGAUCUCAUAGCUGAGGCAGUUCCAUGGAUGAUGAGUCAGGAUGUGCAACUAAUCAUGUUGGGCACUGGUAGGCCUGACCUAGAACAGUUGCUCAGGAACUUUGAAAACCAAUACAAUGACAGAAUAAGGGGAUGGGUUGGAUUUUCUGUAAAGACAGCUCAUAGAAUAACUGCUGGUGUAGACAUUUUGCUCAUGCCAUCAAGAUUUGAGCCCUGUGGUCUGAAUCAGCUAUAUGCUAUGAGCUACGGGACAAUACCAGUUGUCCAUGCUGUUGGCGGAUUGAGGGAUACUGUUGUCCCUUUUAAUCCAUACGAAGAGUCAGGGCUUGGGUGGACAUUUGACAGUGCUAGCACAGAUAAGCUGAUACCUGCAUUAGGAAACUGCUUAUACACUUACCGAGAAUACAAGAAGAGUUGGGAAGGCCUACAAAAACGUGGGAUGAUGCAAGACCUCAGCUGGGAUCAUGCUGCAGAAAAGUAUGAGGAGGUCCUUGUUACAGCCAAGUACCAAUGGUGAGUAUUUGUGUUCUGUGGUUAUGACAUAUUGAGUUUUAGCCGGGCUGAUAUAUUUGGAGAUCAACCAUCCUGGAGUAAUUUCAAUUCCAAGAGCCUUCUCUCAUUGAAGGAUAUGCGAAGAUCAAGUUGUUUUUUCGCUUAGGCUUUUUGACAGUAGUAAAGGAGUUUUUUUUGCGUUGCUAGUCAGUAUAUAGGUAAUUGGUGUACCCAAAUAUUGAUUUUUUUGGGGUUGUUAUAAGUCAGGAUGAGGAAGAGAGCAGUCGCACGUGCAAGUAACAUUAAUAUAUUCACUAACGUAUAUUGCAA